GUUAAGGCCACUUUUUGGCUAAAAUCCAUCGCGUAGUUCGUGCUAUUGUCGCGAUUAGCAGCACCAACCAACUAACCUAAAGCACAACUGUCAGUGGAUUGUCAAGUGCUUUGUUGAUAUUUUUUGUAAAUAAAGCGUUUAAUCAACAAAGGGCAUGUCCAACAUGACUGCACCCAACAACAAGAAGCACGCCAGCUCAACCGAGAGCUCCUCCGGCUCAAGCGACUCUUCCAGCUCCAGCUCUUCGUCAAGCGGUUCCGACUCGUCCUCAUCCAGCGAUAGCGAAUCGUCCAGUUCGCAAGAAUCCACCAAACAACAAUCCGGAUCCGAAUUAAAAAAGAGCGCAACGAUCCAGAAAAACCCGCGCAAAAGCUCAGACAGCCUCAAAACCGGCACUUCCAAGUCAUCAGACCCCAAACCGGCCCCUAAACCCAAAACCCAAGCCCCCAAAACCGGGAAACAACCGGCCAAAACCACCAUCUACUCGUCGGAAGAUGACGACAAACCUAAACCUAGCGCGAAGCGCAAAAGCACAGCAAAGCCUAAAAGCAGCGCCACGAUCACGCCUAAAGCCGCCACUAAGCCGCUGCCUAAACCGGCCGUUAAAAACGUGCAAAAUAAGGGCGCCAAAGGGAAGGAACCACCGAAGAAGGUGGUCGGGAAAAACGCAAAGAAUGAUUCCGCCAACAAGAAAAAAAGCAUUUUCUCGCCGGAAAAUAGCUCCGAAUCCGACGAUGCGGCCAAGAAGAGUCGGCCGAAGCCCGCGCCACCUAAACCCCGGCCCAAGGCUGCGGCCAGAACGGUCGAGAAGCCCAAACCUGUGGAGAAGAAGCCCGAAAAACCGGCGCCUAAAUCUAAGGCCGUGGUCAGUUCUGCGAGUUCGGCUACGUCCUCAACCGCCUCUAGUAGCAGCUCUGAUAGUGAGAGUAGCGCCGAAUCGUCCAGCACUACUCGGAAAAUGAGCGAUAAAAAAAUUACGAAAAAAACUUUGGUUGCUGCCAAAGAUCGAAAUGUGUCUGAUUCGGAGACGGAAAGCACGAAACAAGUCACUCGGAAGUUGACUCGCUCCGCUAGCACCCGAAAAUCCAAGCAUGUUUUGGGCAAAAGCGUCUAUUCCGACACGGAUUCGGACACCGAAAGCACGAAAAGAUCGCUGAGUCGGUCCCCCGUCAAGCGCGCCCCAGUCACCACAAAAGGCAAAACCAAGAACAAUAAACGCAACGACGCCAAGUCGCGAGCCGAGGAAAUAAUAAUAAUCGAGGAGCGCAAAUGCCCCCUGGAAGGCUGCAACAGUGUGGGCCACCUGAGCGGCAAAUACGAGAAACACUUCACUCUGGAAGCCUGCCCCAUGUACCACAACCUGACGCCGGCCCAGUGCAAGGAAGAGCUGCUGGAACGCAAAAAGCGCGAAGAAAUGCGGCGGAAAGCCCUGGAGUUCCACCGGAAAUCGCCGCGGCCGCAGCCAACCCAAGAGCAGAAGCAAUACUUGCAGAAAAUCCGCGACAUUCACUUAAAAUUCAAAUCAGAGCCGAUGGAAGAGACAAAACCGCAAAAUCUCGACAAAAACCGCGAGCCGGAUUUAUCGAAUUUCGUGCCCGAUUACGAUCUGAAGCUGUUCAGGGACGCACAGGCGUUGGCGAGCGAGAAGAUCGAGGAGGAUUUGAAGACGCAGCCGAACACCAAAGGGACGAAAUGCAUCGAAAUGGGCAAGUUUGAGAUGGAGGUCUGGUACCAGAGUCCCUAUCCUGAGGAUUACGCGCGCUUGCCGAAACUUUAUAUCUGCGAGUACUGCUUGCGGUACAUGAAAACGAGGACUGUUCUGCAGAGACAUGUCGUUAAGUGUGUCUGGAGACACCCGCCCGGGGAGGAAGUCUACCGCAAAGAUAAAAUAAGUGUGUGGGAAGUGGACGGGAAACGGUAUAAACAGUACUGCCAGAAUUUGUGUCUGUUGGCGAAGUUUUUUCUGGAUCAUAAGACGCUCUAUUAUGACGUUGAGCCGUUCUUGUUCUAUGUCAUGACGAUUGUGGACACGGAGGGCUGUCACACCGUGGGAUAUUUCAGCAAGGAAAAGAACUCCUUCCUGAAUUACAACGUAUCCUGUAUCCUGACUUUGCCACCCUAUCAGCGGCAAGGAUAUGGAAGGCUUCUUAUCGAAUUCAGUUACUUGCUGACGAAAGUCGAGGGAAAGAUCGGCUCCCCCGAGAAGCCCUUGAGCGACUUGGGAUUGAUUUCUUAUCGCUCGUAUUGGAAAGACGUCCUGCUGGCGUACCUGUGCUCUGGACCGGGCACGCAGUUAUCAGUGAAAGAUAUCAGCCAAGAGAUGGCGAUACACUCUUAUGACAUCGUCUCGACGCUGCAAGCGCUCGGGAUGAUGAAAUAUUGGAAGGGAAAGCACAUCAUCCUCAAGAAGCAGGACGUUCUGGACGAAUACAUCGAGCGCGUCAAGAAGCGGGGCUCCAUGGUCAAGGAAGUGGACCGCUCCUGUCUCAGGUGGACGCCGCCCCAGCCCGCAUCCCUCUGAGAGCCCCCCAAUUAAACUGCCGAUUUUGGAAGACAAUCAUAGGGGCCUUGAGGGGACGACAAGCUCGUGGGCCCCACAAUUUUACGCUGCACCCCCAAAGCUCACCGAUUUUCAAAGAUAAAAUAACCGCGUUAACAUGAAGGGUCUGGUGGAAAAUUUUACCCCUUCAUUGAUGAUCAUUUCAUAGGUUAAGAUUGUUGAUUCAAUGUAAAUAAAAACACGUAAUCUCA